UUCAGCUGUACCUAUAUUAAUAAUAAUCAAAUUUAUACCAUCAUACAUAGUGUAUCUGAUUCUACCAUUAAACGUUACAAUUACUUUUUUUACAUAGCAGUGGUACCAAUCUAAAAACAGGAAAAGAAUAUUCUAAAAAGCGUAAACAUGGCCUCGCGGUACAAUCACGGUGUUCAGCGAGUUUUAACGAAAUUAGAAGCAUCUAUAAAUUCAGAAAAUUAUUAUGAGGCUCAUCAAAUGUAUAGAACUUUAUAUUUCAGGUACCUUGGACAGAAAAAAUAUUCAGAACUUUUGGAAUUACUGUAUAAUGGUUCUACUCUUUUAUUACAACACGAACAACAUGCUAGUGGAGCUGACCUAGGAAUUUUAUUUAUAAAUGUCUUAACACAAUCAGGAACAGAACCUUCUCAAGUAUAUUUUGAAAAAAUUACAAACUUAUUAUGUAUAAUGAGUUCUUCUUCACCUGAAAGAGAUAUAUUUAUACAAUCUGCCCUUCGAUGGAGUAUAAGGGGCAACGAAUAUAAAACUGGUCAUCCAGAUUUACAUCAAAAAAUAGCUCAAGUAUUUUGGAAAGAAAAAAAUUAUAUAAUGGCAAGACAACAUUUCAUACACAGUAAAGAUGGUUCUGGAUAUGCUGCAAUGCUUGUUGAACUCCAUGAGCAACGUGGUUACAUGAAUGAAAUAGAUCUUUUUAUUGCACAGGCAGUUUUACAAUAUCUCUGUUUACAAAAUAAAACAGCUGCACAGGAAGUUUUUAAUUCUUAUACUUCACAACAUCCAAAAAUAAAUAGAGGUCCACCAUAUCUUCUUCCCUUACUGAACUUUUUAUUUUUUUUAUUAAAGAUAAUCGAUAGUGGUAAACUUACUGCAUUUAAAGUACUUUGUGAACAAUAUGAAAUAUCUUUAAAUAGAGAUCCAUGUUAUCGACAGUACUUAGAUAAAAUAGAACAGGUAUUUUUUAAUAUUGCAUCUCAACGCGCUCGUAAUCAAGAUUUGUAUAGUGUCCUAUUACGUUCUUUUUUUGAUGGUUUUGAUGAAGAGUCAGAUGAUGAACACGGAGCUUCAACUUCACAAGAACUUGAUUGAUUAAAGGUUAUAUGUCACUGUGCAAUGUGAUGAAAAUGAAUAAUGAAUAUUUAUAUAUACAUACAUAUUUUAAUGUCCCACAUGUUUUUAAAAACUGUAUUGUGCAAAUUGGUUAAAUUUGAAAUUAACUUUUAUGGAUGAUCUGUACAGAUAAACUCAUUUGAAAGAAAAAUAUGUGGGAUGCAUUCAUAGAAAAAUUUCUAAAAAUUACAGGUCAUAAACAGUUCCCAGAAACCAACUCUACAUAAAAAUAAGGAUUAUAAGCCAUGAUAACUUUUCAUAUCUUUUUGCUUUGUCCAAAUUUAUUUUGAUAAUGCAUUUGAAGCAUUUCAUUGUAUUUAAGUGGUUAAAAAAUUUGAAUUGUAUAUAUAAAAAUCUAUUUCAGUGCUGCGAUGACACUAUGUUAAGGCAAAGUUUGAACAAAAUCUUUGUAUUAGUAAGAAUGUAUAUACCAUAUAUUCAAAAGCAAAUAUGUACUUGAGUAUUACUGAAAUGAAUGUUUGUUUUAUGUAAGCUUAA